AUGCAUCAGGACGGCCAGCACCACGACCAUCCUUCGAUGGAUAGCAGCAACUUGUCCUCCCCCUCACAAGGAGAGACAUACGGUAGGACACUCUACCCAGAAUACUCUGAGCAACAGCAGCAGCAACAACAACAGCAACAGCAACAACAACAGCAACAGCAACAACAACAACAGCAACAACAUCAGCAACAUUAUGACCUCUCUAGACGCACCACCGGAGUCUCUUCUGUUGGUUCGCAGAACCCUCUUGUCCACUCCUCCUUAGGAGAUCCGCGGAUGAGUGAAGAUCCAAGGAUGGCGCAUUACGACCGCCAUGAGCGUCAGAGUGCAACCUCAGAAACAUACAGCGAAAACAACUACGCUUACUCACGGUCAGCAACCAGUCGCUCGCCCAUCAAUGGACACGACGUCGAUCUCUUCGGACCCCUCCGUGGGCCAGACGAUGGCCGCUACACAGGUUACGCUCCCUCCUCCGAUGCCCUCCUCUCUCUCCUCGAAAACAAGCGCAGUCCUCUCCCCGGACAGACUUACCUCUACGACGAUCCUUCAUCAACCUCCGACGGCCACGACUAUGACGAGCCCAACCAACCACCGCCAAACUCUUACCCAGCCUGGACAAUCGAGAAGCAGGUGCCGCUGACAAAGGAGGAGAUCGAGGGGAUCAUGAUGGACCUGACGCGCAAAUUUGGAUUUCAGCUAGACAACAUGCGCAACCAGUUCGACGCCUACAUGACCAUGCUCGACUCGAGAGCUUCUCGCAUGGGCGCUGUCCAGGCCCUAACCACCAUCCAUGCGGACUACAUCGGAGGAGAGCACGCCAACUACCGAAAAUGGUACUUUGCAGCACAACUGGAUCUGGACGACCACAUGGGCUACCAUUCUGCUCCGGGCAAGAACAAGAAGGUCAACCGCAACUCAAUGGCUCCCCAGCCAGGCGCCGUCAACAUCGAGGCGCACGACAACUUGGGGAUGGCGGAGGAGCACUGGAAGUUGAGGAUGAACCAGAUGUCCCACUUUGACCGAGCUCGUCAAGUAGCACUUUACCUCCUGCUCUGGGGCGAAGCGUCCCAGAUCCGUUUCCUACCCGAGUGUCUUUGCUUCAUCUUCAAGUGCGCAGAGGACUACUAUGUGUCGCCGGAGUGCCAGCAGCUUGUCAACCCUGUCCCCGAAGGCGAUUAUCUCCGCAACGUCGUCACCCCUCUCUACAAGUUCAUCCGCGACCAGUCCUAUGAGCUUCAGGGAGGCAAGUACGUCAAGCGUGAGCGCGACCAUGACGCUAUCAUCGGAUACGACGAUAUCAACCAGGCCUUCUGGAGCCCAGAGGGUAUUGCUCGCAUCCAGCUGGACGACAAGACCAAAUUGGUGGACAUUCAUAUUGGCAAGCGCUGGUCAGCAUUGGAGCGAGUCAACUGGGGAUCGGCCUUCCGCAAGACCUACAUCGAGAAGCGUACCUGGCUUCACUUGGCUGUCAACUUCACUCGCAUCUGGAUCAUCCACGUGGUUGCCUUCUGGUACUUCACCGCAUGGAACGCCACCUUUUUGUACUCCAACGAGGAUCUGGACGAAGAGGGAGUGACCUGGUCAGUUCCUGCUCUCGGUGGAGCCAUCGCGACCUUGUUCAUGUUGCUCGGCGUCUUCUGUGAGUUCAUGUUCAUUCCUUUGACUUGGGCCAACACCUCGAUGCUCGUUCGCCGGUUGAUGAUCCUGUUGGUCGUGUUGGUUGUCAAUGCUGGACCCUCCGUCUAUGUCUGCAUCUUCCAGCGCACAGGAACGGCGUCUAGGAUUGUCGGCAUUGUCCAGUUCGUCAUCUCCUUGAUUACCACCGCCGUCUUCUCCAUCGUCCCCUCCAAUCAGCUCUUUGGUGCAUCAUCCAAGACGAACCGCAAGAACUUGGCUUCUCAGACUUUUACAGCUUCGUUCCCCAAGUUAAAUCGGUCAGAUCGCGCUCUUUCGAUCUUCCUUUGGGCCUUGGUCUUUAUCUGCAAGCUUGUCGAGUCCUACUUUUUCUUGGCCCGCUCCUUUAAGGAUCCCCUCAAGGCUUUGUACGACGAGCGUAUCCCCAACUGCAAGGACAAGUACCUGGGUCAGUCCUUGUGCUCCAUUAUGCCUGUCCUCACGGUCAUCGUCAUGUUCUUCACGGACUUAGUUCUCUUCUUCUUGGACACCUAUCUGUGGUACGUCAUCUGGAACACCGUCUUCUCCGUCUUCCAGUCCUUCAAGCUCGGUAUUUCGAUCUGGACCCCUUGGCGCAACAUAUUUUCUCGUUUGCCUAAGCGCAUCUAUGCCAAGUUGCUCGCGACUGCCGACAUGGAUAUCAAGUACAAGCCCAAGGUCCUCUGCUCCCAGGUCUGGAACGCCAUUGUUAUCUCGAUGUACCGCGAGCAUCUCCUGUCGAUUGAGCACGUCCAGCGAUUGCUCUACCAGCAGGUCCCUUCUGAGAACGAGAGCAAGCGCACCCUCAAGGCUCCCACUUUCUUUGUCGCACAGGAGGAUGCCUCUCUCCAGGCAGAGUUCUACCCCCAGCACUCCGAGGCCGAGCGUCGUAUCACUUUCUUUGCCCAGUCUCUGUCGACUCCCAUCCCUGAGCCUCUUCCCGUCGAUCAGAUGCCGACCUUCACCGUUUUGGUCCCUCACUACUCCGAGAAGACUCUGCUCUCGCUCCGCGAGAUUAUUAGGGAGGAGGACCAAAACACCCGCGUCACCCUCUUGGAGUACCUCAAGCAGCUUCACCCAGUCGAAUGGGACAACUUUGUCAGGGACACCAAGAUUCUAGCUGAAGAGUCGACCAUGUUUGGAAGCAGCGCGACGAGCGGUCUUGGUCUGGCUGGCGAGGCAGAGAGGGACAACAUGAAGGAAAUGGGCAAGUCUAAGAACGACGAUCUGCCCUUUUACUGCAUCGGAUUCAAGUCAGCAGCACCUGAGUACACUCUCCGCACCCGAAUCUGGGCCUCACUCCGUGCUCAGACGUUGUACCGUACCGUCUCUGGGUUUAUGAACUACUCCAAGGCGAUCAAGCUGCUUUACCGCGUCGAGAACCCCGAGGUGGUGCAACGAUUUGGUGGCAAUGGUGACCGUCUUGAACGCGAACUUGAGCGUAUGUCCAAUCAAAAGUUUAAGUUUGUGAUCUCGAUGCAGCGCUACACCAUCUUCAACAAGGAGGAGGCCGAGAAUGCAGAGUUCUUGUUGCGUGCAUACCCCAACCUUCAGAUCGCCUACUUGGAUGAGCGCCCACCCGAGGUCGAAGGCGAUGAACCGGUAGUCUACUCUAUCUUGAUCGAUGGACAGUGCGAGCUGAUGCCCGAUGGCAAGCGCAAGCCCCGGUUCAGGAUUCGUUUGCCUGGUAACCCCAUCUUGGGUGAUGGAAAGUCUGACAACCAGAACCACUCGAUUAUUUUUACCCGCGGCGAGUAUAUCCAGCUGAUCGACGCCAAUCAGGACAACUACUUGGAGGAAGCUCUCAAGAUCCGUAAUGUCCUCGGGGAGUUUGAGCAGUUCCACACCCCAGCUAUCUCGCCCUAUUCGCCCCAGAUCGUCUCGAAGAAUGUCCCCGAGCCUGUGGCCAUUGUUGGUGCUCGCGAGUACAUUUUCUCGGAGAAUAUUGGUGUUCUUGGAGAUGUUGCUGCUGGAAAGGAACAGACCUUUGGUACUCUGACCCAACGCAUGAUGGCCAAGAUCGGAGGCAAGCUCCACUAUGGCCACCCUGACUUUCUCAAUUUUAUCUACAUGAGCACUCGCGGAGGUGUGAGUAAAGCACAGAAGGGUCUCCAUUUGAACGAGGAUAUCUACGCCGGUAUGACGGCCUUCAACCGUGGCGGGCGCAUCAAGCACUCCGAGUACUAUCAGUGCGGCAAGGGCCGUGAUCUCGGUUUUGGCUCGAUCCUCAACUUCAACACCAAGAUCGGUACGGGCAUGGGAGAGCAGAUGCUGUCGCGCGAGUACUACUACCUCGGAACUCAGUUGCCCCUGGACCGGUUCUUGACUUUCUACUACGCUCACCCCGGUUUCCACAUCAACAACAUCUUCAUCAUGCUGUCGGUCCAGAUGUUCCUGUUCUCGAUGCUCUUUAUCGGCUCUAUGGCGUCGUCGGUAGAUGUCUGCUCGGAUAUCGUGGAGGAUGGCUGUGUGAACCUGAUCCCCGUCUAUGACUGGAUCAAGCGCUGUGUCCUGUCGAUCUUUAUAGUCUUCUUCAUUGCCUUCUUGCCUCUGUUCCUCCAAGAGUUUAUGGAGCGUGGAUUCGCCAGGAGCACGAUCCGUCUGGGCAAGCACUUCAUGUCGCUCUCCCCGCUGUUCGAGGUCUUUGUCACCCAGAUCUACACCAACUCUAUCUUGACCAACCUGUCCUUCGGAGGAGCUCGCUACAUCGCUACUGGCCGUGGAUUCGCGACAACUCGUACUCCCUUUGUGCUACUUUACUCUCGUUUCGCCGGUCCAUCCCUCUACCUUGGCAUGCGAACCCUCAUCAUGCUGAUCUUUGCCUCGCUGACGAUGUGGGUUCCACACCUGAUCUACUUCUGGGUCUCAGUCUUGGCUUUAGUCAUCUCGCCCUUCCUCUUCAACCCACACCAGUUCUCCUUCACUGACUUUCUGCUUGACUACCAAGAGUUCUUGCGCUGGCUGUCUCGCGGUAAUUCGAGGACCCAUGUAUCCUCCUGGAUUUCUUACUGUCGCACCCUCCGCACUCGAAUCACUGGCUACAAGCGCAAGCGACUUGGUCAUCCCUCUGAGAAGCUCGGUGGAGACAUCCCCAGGGCCAACUUCGGGGUCAUCUUUGUCUCUGAGAUUGUUUUCCCUCUGCUGCAGAUGGCCCUGUGCGUGAUCUGUUACAUGUUUGUCCGGUCCUUCCCCAGCGACGUCAACGACAUAGGCGCAGCCGUCUUUACGAGUGGUCUCCUCCGCAUCGGUGUCUUUGCUCUUGGACCCAUCGUUGUCAACGCCGGAGUUCUGAUCGCUCUGUUUGGAGUCUCGAUCCUGUUUGGCCCCCUCAUGAACAUGUGCUGCGUCAAGUUUGGAUCCAUCAUUGCUGCCACUGCCCACGCCAUCUCCGUGAUCUCGCUGAUUGUUCACUUUGAGGCCCUCUGGGCCCUCGAAGCCUGGAACAUGUCCCACGCUGUCCUCGGCAUCAUUGCCGCUAUAUCUGUCCAACGCUUCGUCUUCAAAGUCCUGAUCGCCGUCUUUUUGACACGCGAGUUCAAACACGACGAGACCAACCGCGCCUGGUGGACGGGCAAAUGGCACGGCCGUGGUCUUGGAUUCCAUGCGAUCUCGCAGCCCCUCCGCGAGUACGUCUGUAAGAUUAUCGAGAUGUCGAUGUUUGCCUGCGACUUUAUCAUGGGUCACACGAUCUUAUUCAUCCUGUUCCCGAUCUGUCUGAUCCCCUGGAUUGACCGGUGGCACUCGACCAUGUUGUUCUGGUUGCGCCCCAGCAAACAGAUCCGUCCACCCAUCUUUUCCGCCAAGCUGCGGUCUCAGAGGAGGAAGGUUGCCUGGACAUAUGGCACUCUGUUUGUGCUGCUGUUUGUUGUCUUUGUGAUGUUGAUUGUUGCACCCUUGGUGUUUAAGAGCUACCUUCCUGACCAUCUGGAGAAGCUUGUUCCUAUCUAA